CCAAGUAGGUCGAGCUGCAUUUUCAGCGGAACUGAACACGUCAGUGACGUCACGUUCUGGUUUCCGUUGGAUUUAAAAACACAGGGGGACGCGUUCUGGUCGUCAGUACUGCAAACUGUCUGUAGUCAUGUACGCGGCCAAGGAAGACACCCUGUCGUCUGAUGAGCUCAGGAAAAGACUCUACCAAACAUUUAAAAAUAAAGGAGUGCUCAAUACGCUCAAAACACAGAUGCGGAAUCAGCUCAUUCAGGAGUUAAAACACCCACCUCUGGCUGCAGGAGAACCUGUUCCCAGACCUGUGUCUGUGCAGUCUGAACCUCUUCUUGUCUCUGCCUGUAACAGCAUAGUGGCUGAACAUCUGAGCACCUCGGGUUACGAGUACACUCUAUCUGUAUUCUACCCUGAAAGUGGCCUGUGCAAAGAGAAGGUUUCCACAAAAGAAGAGCUUCUUCGUCUCCUUAAAAUCCAUCCAUCCUCAUCCCUAUACAGAUCCCUGGCAUCAAAUAAGGACAGCAAUGAUAAAGGAUUCCUGAUCAGGCUCCUAACUCAGCUAACACAGCAUUAUACUCCUGACCUGUAUCAUGAUGCUGAAACACAGACAACAAGUAUAGCAACAUACGGAGAGUCUCUUGUUCAGAAGAUGAAAAUGAUAGAUAAGGAGUAUGAGAACUUCAGUCACAGUGGGGACAAAUGGCUUUCAUUCCAAUCACAACUGUCUGCAUAUCGAAAAGAAAUGGCAGCACAGCUGGAAGCAGAAAUGAACACAAAGCUGCAACAUUUUAAAGAUGUUGAGAUUGCUAAAGUGAGGAUGGAAGAAAAAUCUACUUUUAAUCAAGAAUUUGUAAAGCUGAAACAAGAGCUGGAGAGGACGUACGAAAGGAAGACAAAGGCAUUGGUGGAUCGGGAGAAAAAUGCCAUUGAUCGGUUGCAAAAGCAGCAAGAGAUUGAAGAAAGAAAUGUGUAUAAUCAGAGACAAUCGGUACUAAAGGAAAUGGAAACACUGCGUAGCAGAGAAAAUGACCUGAGGAUGAGAGUGGAGGGUUUUGAAAAAACUUGUCAGGUUCACAAGGAGAAGGUGGAGACCACAGAAGAGCUGCUGAGGAGGAGAGACCUGGCCUUGAAGACUACGGAGGACACGUACGAGCAAAGGUUGAAGAAUGAACUUUCCAGGUAUCAGCUUGAACUUAAGGAAGAAUUCAUCAGGAGAACAGAAAAACUAACUGAGGAUGAGAACCAAAACAAAGUUGAAACAGCACGUAUUCAAAGGGAGGCUGCGGUAAUUGAUUCCAAAUUAGAGGAACACAGUCGAGCAUGUUCAGAGCUGCAAAAACUGCAGGUUGAACUCGACACAACACAGCAGCAGAUGUCUCUGAUGACCCAACGGCAAGAGCUGUUACAAGGGCAACUUGAGACCAUGAGUGACUACACCAGUUUGAAGAGAGAGAAAGCAGAGCUGCAGGGACAGCUGCGGCUGCUUAAGAAACAGCUGGAUGAAGCCCGGGAGGAGAAUCGGCUCCUUUAUGCAGAUUUGGGCAAACCGUCCAAAGAACAGCUGGCCUUGCAGAUGGAGCUUCGGAGGCUGCAGAGCGCUCGGAGACUGGAAGAGGAAGGGUUUGACAACCAGAAACAGGUGCUGCAGACUCAGCUCCAGCGUGAGGUGGAGCUCUGCGCUCAGCUCAAGGCUCAGUUGAUAGAGUGUGAGCAGAAGUCACAGUGGAUGACCAACCACGUUGAAGACCUCAAGAUGCAGCUUCACCAAACACAGAAAGCUCUUGAAAACGAAGUGCUGCGUAACCCCAAGCCCUCGCUUGUUGAUCGCUCAGUGCUGGAGCUCAGUGCUGACAAACUGGUUCCACCUGACAUCUAUGUGGACAGAACCCUGCUGAGGGCCAGUGUGGGUGAUGGUGAUAUGUUUAAAGCAGGUGGGCCCCUGCAUGGACACAGGUCGCUUUGGAAUGACUCUUCAGAUUCUGAAAAUGAGUUGGUGGUUAAAGCCAUGGCUCGCUUUCAGGAGCUGCAAAGAGAGGCUGAGACCUUGGAGGAAGCCUACAGGAACUACCAGCAGAGGGCAGUGCACUCCUCCAUCUCACACAUGCUUCCCCGAAGACUUUCACCACAGCAACCACAACCUUCACAGCGUCCCAGCUCUCCUCCGAGGAAACGGUUCUCUCACCAGUCUCACACCCACUCCCCCCACAAACCAUUGUCUUCUCAAAUUAUACGAACCCCCUCCUCGUCAUCCUGUGACACCAGAAACACUGUACCACGGUCACAGCCAAGGGUGACCUUCUCAGAAGCCCCAAACCAACUAAAGGCCGCAGUUUUCACCGAGCACAGUGUCCAUUCAUGUUCUGAACCUCUCAUUCUAAGCGAUGGACAUCCUCUGGAUGAAAGUUUAACUUCAUUCAGACGUCUGUCCUCCACACCACGCGCUUCCCCCAGGAAAAAUCGUCAGAAAGAGAUUGAAGAAGAGGCAGUUGUGACUCCAGUGCCAUUUUCAGAGCUGCCGCCUGACAGACAGCUCCCCCCUUCCCCUCGCAAGGAGAUGGUGACCUCGGGUGACUUCUCAUCUGAGUUCAGUCCACCUCUCAGUCCUCAACUCAAGAGCACAGCAAGAGACCAGCCCAGUCCACCAAAGAUACAGCCGGUCCUAACCAGCUGUGAGUCUUCACCAGAACCUGACAGAAUCAGCCUAGAGGACCUCACAGGGGUUCUUUCAGAGCCCGGCCACAUUCCAGAGCUUCUCCUGGACACUGCCAUCCCUCUCACUGAGGAGGCCCCUGAUGGACCCACUGUCCCCCACUCACAGGACCUCCCAGAAGACCCAACAGACUUGCAGGACCAGGCGGACGUCUCACAAACCACAGGUGGAUCUGUGAGUGAAGAAGACAAAGAGGAGGAGCACGCAGAACAAGAGGAAAAAGACAAAGAAGAUGAGGAGGAGGCAGCGACUGAGAUAAGAAUCCAUGAAGGAGAUGAUGAGGAUGAUAUAAAGGAGUAUAAGGGUGAAGAUCCUUUGGAGAAAUACAUGAAAAUGGUUCUGGAGGCAAGGGAGAAGCAGCAUGCACAGAGUCAUGUAGGAGAAGAAACAGGACAUACAAGCCCAGAGGACAAGAGUAUGUCUGAGGGAAAAGACGACAGCUUUGCAGCAUAUUUACCGAAGGAUGAAGAUGAUGAUUUCUGGUGAGCUGAACGUCCCAGACUGCUAUUAUGUGCCGAUGAGUUAAAUAAGCCUCUGUGUUCUGUUCAACGUGUGAUGUAUUUAUUUAUUUUUUUAUUGCAUUUGUAUGAAUUCAUUCUGAAGUGUGAUUUUUUUUUACCACACAAUCUUUUCCAUCAUGCAAUAAAGAUCACACAA